GUCAUGCUUGAUGGCAUGUAUCAAUACCGUUAGUGCUAUCUAAGUUUCUCCUUAGAUUUGUAUCUGUGUAUUUCACCCUUCUGUUGUUCUGGUGUGGCGUCCAUGUGAAUAUGAGACCCCAGUUCACCCGUGCCGCAUUUUGUGGACGCGUCUGUUGCUAUGGAUACAAGCUGUGGAGAAUGUACACACGCACAGACCCAGCUAACCUAUUUUGUCAACUAUGCUAUCUAGCAAGUUUCCUAGCCACAAACUGAACUGAAAAGUGUUGGAAGAUGUUUACAUGAAACGGUGAAUUGCACUGAGUAUCAGAAACAAUGUGUUAAUACUUCGUUUAUUUGCCUGCUAACAAAGGACUUGGAUAUCUUGAAGUGUAACUAAGUAAGUUAGCGAACAGUAGCUUUUAUUAGCCGAAACAUGGAAAGCCCAGGCAAAUCAACAAGUAAAGUUUCCAGGAAAGAAACAAGACCGCGAUCCCCGCCAGAUAGAAAGCGUGUGAAGGCAUCUGAGGAGUCCAGCUCGGCUGUGUGUGAGGAGGAGCCUCAGAGCCCCACACUGAAGGGGGACGACAUCCAGGCCCUCACCAUCAGACAGGAGGACCUGGAGAAGCUUCGGAUUCCCCAGCCCCCUAAGGACUCCCAGAAGCCUCCAGCGAUGACACGCGUGCUGGUCAGGAAGACCCGCCCACCAGACCAGACCAGGAAGGGAAUAGCCGUUUCUGUGGCGAGGCCCCUCCCACAUAGCGCCAUCCCCCAACCACUGGAGUACACAGGGCCCGGUGGACCUCGCUUUGACUCUGACGGCAUGAUCAUACCCCAUAGCAUCCUGGGAAAGCUGGAAGACUUCAGGAGAGACAUGGAGGCCAGGGGAGAGAUUGAGCUUGCCAGUCGUGUGCCUGUCCCUCAGAACGAGCUCUCCCAAUUGGCCCGGGAGCAGAGGGACGGGUCCGAGCCCAGGCUCCGGCCCUGUGAUGGUGACGACUUCCAGAGCAACGCCCUCCAGCACUGGGACGACUGCAUGGCAGAGAGGCGGCGACAGCAGUACCUCAUCUCCAGGCUGCUGCAGAGGCCAGCAGAGCAGCUGCUGAUGAACCAGUCCAACCUGUACAGGCAGACCCAGGAGCAGAGGGAGCUGAUCAGUAAAGGCCUGCCAGCACUGCACACAGGGCAUGGUUAUCGUGUGGGCAGUGAGUACUGGAGUCUGCCUCAGCGCUAUGGCGACCAGAUGAGUGGCAUCACCUCCACUCUGACCCAGACGGAGAGAGGAAACCCACCGCCAGUCACACACGUCGCUCAGCCACACACCAUACGACUGCAGUCAGGGAAUGUGACCCCUGAGACCUCUGUGAGUCGUGCGUGGGACAGCAGCCUCUACCUCAAGCAGCGCAGAGAGGAGCUGAAGGACGUGCUGAGAGAGCUGGACUUCAACCAACCGGAGAUCGAUGGUUUGGAGGUCAUGGGCUCCGGUCGUCCCUUCACCUCCGUGACUGUGAAGCGCUCGUCCCUGCUGGGUGGAAAAGAGGGGGAUGAGGAGGAUGACAGGAGAGAGGGAGAUCUCAAGGAGAAUGAGUAA